AUGCCAAAGCCAAAACGCAACAUUCAAGCUGUGGCAGAAGAAACCUUGACACCGCCAGAUGACCUGCCGCAAGGCCAGAAAAUCGCUCGUGUUAAGAGUGCGGCCGGGAACAAUUUGUACAAUCUAGAGCUACCGGCUGAUCACGAGGUCGAGGUAUUAAUUCCCAUCUUAGCCGAGCUUCCUUCGAAGUUCCGAUCUACGAUUUGGAUCAAGCGAGGGAAUUAUGUUGUUGUAGACACGACUGCCCUAGCUGAUCGUGGCAAUAAGCUGGGAGGUGAGAUCGUCAACAUCGUGAGAGAUGAGAAGAGGUGGAGGAAGAUGACAUAUUGGCCUAAGGCGUUUGAGAAGAAUAAGCAGGAGGUGUAUGGUGGAGAAAGUGACGAGGAAGAAGAUCAAGGGCCGAAAAUGCCGACUGACGACGAAGAUGAAGACUGA